AUGGACAAGUUGACGGUAUCUGAGAGGUUUAAGAGGGCGGUUGGUGAUUAUGAAAAAGUUUUUCAAAGUGGUAAGCGUCAUGACUCGCUAGAGUUUCAGAAUGAGCUAGUUUGUGUAAUUAAAGAGUUUCAACUUAUUGUUCAGCUCGUUGAAUCAUUAUCUUUAUUCAGUGAUAAUGAGUCGAUACUGGAGCUAAACACUGCAUAUAUGCCAUAUUUGAACUUGUGGUUUUAUUUGGCAAAUUUGUUUUCGCGGUUGUUGCUUAGUGAUGGGCGCAUCUCCAUUGACAAUAAAGCUGAUUUUUUGAAUCUGGCAAAAGAUUAUGUGAUUGCAUUUUUAUCAAAUGUGUGCAAUUAUGACUUGCUUACCAAGAUUCAAAAACAGAAACUAAGGAUGAUGCAAAAAGGUGAGGAAAUUGUACUAGCCCCACAAGCAAAGCGUCUGGAAAAAAUCGAAAACUUUAGAAAAGAACAAGCAUUAAAAAGCAAAAUUGAUGUUUUCCAUCAAUUGAAGAAUAAAAUGGAUGGAGACAAGAUUAUUGAAGAUGAAAUGGAUGGGGGGGAAAUAGUUGAAGACGAAACGAUAAGAGAAAUGUAUUUGGACCAAUUGCAGCUAAAUAUACUAAAGGCAUUUGACCUAUUUGAACAGAUAUCCAUGGAGUUACAAGUUCUUUUAAAUCGACCCAAGAUUCAACAGCUUGAUAAUAGCCAUCAAGAGGUAAAAAAAAGUCAAGAUCCAACAGGAUAUACGCCUAAUGUGGAAACUAACCCUUUCUCAAAAAACAGGAAAAUAUCAGAUUUAAUUGAUAACCGUGGCAAAGUAUUACAGCCUUUUAUUAUAACGAAUAACAAUAAACGACAAGAGUUGCAACAAAGAGUUUUUGGUACAGGACAAGUACUACCUUCAAUGAGUGUUGAAGAGUAUCUCGAUUAUGAAUUGGCGAAUGGAAAGUUGAUGAAGGAGGAAGUGAAGAAAGGUAAUGCUGGUGUUGGCGAUGAUGAUGAUGAGGAGGAGGAUAGUGAGAACGAUGAAGCACAAUUGGAGAAAAGAAGAUGGGACGAUUGGAAAGAUGAGAACCCUAAAGGUUCUGGAAAUACAAAGGGCAAUAUUGGAUAA